CGUCCGAGGUUCAGUUCUCGACCGGUCGCGACUCUGCUCGGACAUCCUCUCGAAAGCGCGGUGAAACCUCGAAAAACCACUUGAACCCGCCGAAAACGCACGCGUCUCACGUUCCGAACCCCGUCGCAAUCUCCGUCGCGAUCGAUCCUUCUCACCGAGAAAAACCGCGGUUCGGAAAAAUUCCUCUGCCAGUGACACGACCGAGCAGCAGCAAUUGCAGAAAGCGAAAAAUGGCGCCCCUUGGCCUGUGCUAGUGAUUAGCAAAUCACUUCGAUUUAAGAGUGUUGAAGUCGUGAAUGCAAUCCGAUUGUGUUUUUUUUUUUGAGGGGGGAGGGACAGUGAUCAUCACUACGAGGGAUGGGAAAUCAACCAACGAAACACUCCGGAAAGCCGAAGAAGGCCGUCCACUGGAAGUCAGCAGAGCCGCCUUCACCCCCGGGGAAGCCUAUGCUGGUUCCUGGAACUCCGAACAAUUCGGCACCGGAUGUCGUGACGCUUCGAUGGAAACGGCCCACCAGUGAUGGCGGGUCGCCAAUUCUCGGCUAUAUAAUUGAACAUCGGCGAACAGGAUCGCCACACUGGGUUCGUGCCUCUGCUCAGCUGAUCCAGGCCACUGAGCUGUCCUUGAGUGGACUCGAACCAGGGUGGCGUUACCAGUUCCGGGUAACGGCUCAAAAUAUCGUUGGACAAUCGGAUUGCAGUGAAUUAUCCGAUCCGUUGACGGUGACCCUACAAAGGGCGGCCAUUGCUCCACCACGGUUCGUUCAAGAACUGUACGAUACAACUGCCAUCGAAAAUGAGAAAAUUGAAUUCCGAGUCUCGGUUGCCGGAAGUCCUGCGCCACAGAUCGGCUGGUAUAAGGAUGGGUUCGAGAUAUUCAGUAGUCGGCGAACGAAGAUCAUUACCGAAGCGGACUUGAGCAUACUUGUGAUCCAUCAGGCAGCGUUGACGGAUGAAGGAGAGUUCAAAUGCACUGCAACGAAUCGCGCAGGUCACGCUGUAACCAUAUGUAGUCUAUCUAUCGACGCGUAUCCUAAGAUACGUCUUCCUAGACAGUACGAAGAAGGCUUGAUUGUUGAAGCCGACGAAGUAAUACGUCUUAAAGUAGGUGUAGCCGGUCAACCUACUCCAAUAGUCGAGUGGAGCCACAACGGUGAACUCAUAGAAAACGGUGGUCGCUACGAGAUCGAAACCAACGACAAGAACUCGUCCCUUCGAAUCGCCAACGCCCAAAGAAGUGAUCGUGGCGAAUAUAACCUGCGGGCGUUCAACAAGCUAGGUGAAGACUACGCAUACUUCUUGGUAACUGUCACAGCUAAGCCAGAACCUCCGAGCAAAGUUCAGAUCAGCAUCGGUCUUAGCAAAGCCAUCACCCUCAGUUGGUCUGCCCCUGAAGACGACGGUGGCUGCAAGAUCGGUAACUACAUAGUAGAAUACUAUCGAGUCGGAUGGGAUGUCUGGCUCAAGGCAACCACCUGUCGACAACUCACCACUACCCUCAGUGGACUCUUCGAAGGUUCCCAAUACCGAUUCCGAGUGAAGGCAGAAAAUCCGUACGGCCUGAGUGAACCUUCCGAAGAAUCCGACACGCUCUUCAUUCCGGAUCCGAAGCGCGGAAUCAACAGUGCCACGCAAAUUCCGGAACCCGCACCCCCAGAAGACGAACCCACCCCGCAAGCCAUCCCUCGUAAACGCCGAGACGUUUCUCACUCACCAACCAGGGAAGCCGAACAUAUCAAGAAGGUGAAAGCCUUCACCCCGGAAACUUACAGCCGGGACGAAAUCGUCCGCGAAAUGUCCUACGGAACUCGGGACGAAGACUUCUUCCAACCGAAGCAAUCCACCGAAGCACCACCCAAACCACCAGCCGUCGUUAUCACCGAACCAGCACCAACACCCAAGCAAGAACCCACCCCGCCUCCAUCUCCAAAACCGCAACGACCCCAAUCGUUCCCAUCCCCACUGAAAGCGAUGGAGAAAUUCUCCAAGGAGGCCAGUCCACUCUUCAGUCGGCCGUCCCCAUCCCCGUCGGACAAUCAGCUGUCCCCGCAGCCGAUCUCGCAGCCGACGUCCCCAUCCGACGGUGCCAAGUCGCCGACCAUGCACAACAGCAGCGAGUUCAUGCUGGUCCUGUACAACGAACCGGAAGCGAAAAAUAAUACACGAAACUCAACCUUCGAUUUUGAGCUGGAGGACCUGGCAGCUCCGCCACCCCCGCUAUCUCUGUCGGCUCCGGAGCUAAACGUGGAACCACCACCAGCCCCGAGAAUGCGCCCUGCAGUCAGUUCCACGGAGUUGCUCUACGAGCGGGCGAUGGCACGAUUCUACCAAGCAGUCGCCAUGGAGGAAACUGAAAACCAACGCAAGGAAGCCGAACGGAGAAGAAGCAUAAGCGUUGUCGAGACGCAGCAUCAGCAGCAGCAGCAACAACUACAGCAGCAACCAGAAACAGCGGGAGUGGUGAGUCGGGUGUCGGAUCGCAGGAGCAGCCUUCGACGGCGUCUGUCUGGGGAUAAGGAAACGAUCGUCAAGCAGUCUAGUUUCGAAUCGCAACAUUCCAGUACCGUGGAUGAUGUGAUACCAGAGGAGAAGGACGAGGUAGAUAAGGUAAAGGAUUUGGGUGAAGAAGCGGGAGCAGUGGCUAUGGAUAAGGUGCCGGAUUUGGACGAGGAGCUGUCAAUAUCUUCGUCAAUGGAUUCAAUGCUGGAGGAGUUGAAGCGGAGGGAGUCGGCACGAUCGAGUCGAUCGAGGAUAAUGAGUGAUGACGAAGAAAUGGAGACGUAUCAUCCGGGACCGAGAGUAAUGUCUCCGUACAGGAAUCCUGAUCCAAGCCAGGCCGUUCAAGUGUUAACGAAGCCAUUACCGAUGCCGGAUCCGAACUUUGUUCCGAAGCCUAUUUUGAAACGACCGUCAACAGAGAUCUUGACUAAAGACGAGAAAGAGAAAAAGGUUGCUCCGAGUAAACCGGAGCGCAAGAGUUUGUCCAAUAUCUUUGACCGCAAGUCUCCGGCGAAAGAAGAGCGGAAGCCAAGUCCAAUUCGAACUGCUCCUCAGGUGGAGAAGGAAAAGACACCCGAAGUAGAGGAGAAGAAACCGGAACCACCACAGUCUCCAGAGCCUUCAAGUGAGAAGCAAGCACCUACGGGUCAGGAGAUCAACACAGCAAUCAAAUCGGAAGCUGCUCGUCAGAGACGAUUGGAAUCUAGGCAGAGCUCUAUCGAAGAGUCUAGGGCAGUGGCUGAUUUCUACAGCGAAAUCGUCCAGCAAGUCGAAACUGCCAAGAAACCCCGUCAGUUGCCUUUGUACAUGAACCCGGACGAGGCUCGUAAAUUGAAUGAACGAGGGCGUUCUCGGGAGACUUCGUAUGAACGGUUAGUUGGGUCUCGCUCUGGAUCAAGGUCUCCCAUGCCUCCGGAAGAAACCCAUCGGGCUCAAAAAUCUCGGUCGCCUUCGCUGACUUCAGAGCAAACUAUAACGAAAGGAAAACCUGCACGGGAGAGCCGUAUUCUUCGGCAGCGAUCGGCCUCGAUCGACAACGACACCAGCCGACCAUCGUCCGCGAUGAAAGAGCAUCCUCCAAUGCCACAGACUCAACCGGAAACUGCAUUUAACUCUAGCGGAGCUAUCGAAGAACCAACGAGGCGCAGUCGACCAUUGCGUGAGUCUACAGCGAUCGCCAAGAAGCGAAAUGUUUCUCAGACACGCUCCCGCAGCAGUUCAGGAGUUCGCGAUGGAGUUGCAACUCCGGAAAAGACUCCAAUGGACGUAGCUAGGCGUGCACGACUUCGUAGUGCUUCCAAGUCCCCUGCGGCACUACAGCGAACUCCCAUAGCUGAGCCACUUCCAGAACCACCGAAGCCACCGCUAACUCCUUCAGUCGCUCCAACGCUUCCAGUCACUUCAACGCCUUCAGUUCCACCAACGCCUUCAACCCCUGUUGAACAACCGAAACCGCAAGAGCAACGAUCCCGCUCACAGUCCCAGGCUCCUGAAUCACCCCCUGCAGAAACCACUUACCAAUCCACUGUAUCCUACCUAACGGACGUGGCACUGUUUGCCCUCGCCUGUUGGUUAUACCUCUUCAAGAACCCCAAGCUAGCGAUCCCGAUCAUCGUACUGAUCAUGUACCGCCACAUUAGGGAUGCCCUCCGGCAUCGGAUGCCACCGUGGAUGAAGCGAACCCUGAGCUAAUCGAGCAUAAGGCCAUCUCAGCUGACAAGCAAUCUGAUGAAAGACAUAAUCUCAAUAGCAGCAGAGAAAAAACUGAAGCAGAAGGAUAUUUUUAGCAGGUCUGAAUAAUCUGAUUCUCUUGUUUGGAUACUUUUACUAUCUAUCUAUAUUGUCUUAUUCUAAUGGGGCACGAAACGAUAUUUUCCUGCACUCGCACUUUGUUUACCGCAGAAGAAGAAGAAUAAUAUUUAUCGUUUUUUGAAUCUCUUUUUAUAAAAAAAAUAUUGGAUUACAAAGAGACUUCUCAUGAACGCGACCAAAUAUUUUGUGAGAGAACGAUCAGCUGUCAUGUUUGACAGUGGCGGUUCCUUAUGCGGAACCGAACCAACCGAUAAAUUUUGAUUAGCGUAUAGAAAAUUUUAUAAACAAAAAAAAAUCGAAAAAUACUUGCACAUUACCACAUUGAAUCGCACUCAUCGUUCACGUUUUCAGAAAUUCACGGCGCCAUAUUUGUUUACAAUGUCAUAACAAUACAAGUGUCACACCCUGCCCGAAAGAUAAUCACCCAUUUGUUCGAUGUAAUUUUACGUGUUAGUCCAUUGAUAAGCGAAACCUAUUUUUAAUCAACUUGUUUAUGUUGAAGCUUUUCAUUGUUAAAUGUGUUGAAAAUACAAAAAAAAUCUACUCACAAGCACCGACCAAACUACGAAAAUUCUUCAAUGAAUUUGCAUUACACAAGCGCACACAUACACACGAAUUCGAUUUUUUUACAAUUUCAUUUACCGAGCAUCAUGUAUUUUUGGCGACAUCCAUUGAGACAAAAUACCCCAAAAAUAAUCACCACACAAUUACCAUACCAAUUGUACAUUUCGGCACUGCAAGCCAUGUGAGAGCCAAACAAGAAAAAAAAAAUACAUUGAUAGCAAACUCGAAGCCAAAGAAAGCUAGUGAAUUUGUUCUUAAAAUAAACAUUAAAUACAACAACACCGAUUUUGAA